CAAAUUGAGCUAAAACAUUGAUUGUAUUCAUAGGGCUAUUAAGUAAGUAUACGACAUUAAUUAGUUGAUUCAUAAAAUUUUCAAUUAUGCAUCAAUGUUGUUAUUUAAUAAUACUGUGGGUUUGGUUUGUAUUAUUUAUGUUGGAAACCUCGAAACGGAUUUGUGGCCAAAAUGAAAAAUAUAUCUUGAAGUAAAAUUCGCGAAACUUUCAUAUGUCUAAUGGGGGUUUUGCAGAGUCUUUAUGUUAUAGCGAUACCGAUUAUUAUAGUUCUGCUGCUAUUUCUAUUGCCUCUACCUUCUACAAGGCAACAUUAUUACGAAGCAACAACUCAAGCGGCUUUAGCUCAAAUUCCUGUGAAGUUUCUUAAAGUGACUAGGAAUGACUCGGAAUCAGUUAAGUUUCUGAAUGUGACGGCGAACUCUGAACCAGUUUUAUUUCGAGAGUUAUAUACGUCCGGACAUGACAACCCUCACCCAGAACUGUGUCCGUAUUUAGGCAUGAACCUACGUUUGAUGAUACUAAUAACAUCAGAUCCGUCGCAUUUCAAAGAAAGGAUCGCGAUCCGAAUGACCUGGAGACACUACGCGGCUCGCGCAGAUGUUUCUUCUGGAUUUUUCCUCGGCUAUCCCCCGAGCAACCUUAAAUCUGACAUCGAAGCUGAAGACAAGUUGUACAAGGACAUCAUAUUUGGCAGAUUCGUCGAUUCUUACUCCAAUUUGACGUUGAAAACUGUAUCUAUGCUAGAAUGGGUGGAUACUUACUGCUAUCUGGUUCCUAAGAUGUUGAAAACUGAUGAUGAUGUUUUCGUCAAUGUUCCAAACUUGCUGCAUUUUUCUGAUGCUCAGUUGAACGCUACGAGGACCAUAUGGGGAGUGGACAGGAAUAAUCGUAAAGUGGAGAGGAAAUAUAAACAUUUCGUUCCGCGAUCUCAGUAUCCAGGAGAUGUGUUCCCCAAAUUUGUAGUGGGGCCAGCGUACUUGAUCACGAGUGACUGUAUAAAAGACAUAUUAGUGGCAGCUCCGAACAAGACAUACCUUCGUCUUGAAGACGUGUUUGUCACGGGUGUCCUUAGAAAAGAAUUAGGGAUAAAACGGCAGAUUGUAGAAGAGUUCGGACAUUAUAAAGGGGAUAUUUUCAAGCCAUGUUUAGCUAAGAGGAAGAUAGCCAUUCAUUCUGUUGCGUAUCUUGAGCAGUUUCAUUAUUGGCAGACUAUUCAUACAGGGAAAGUGAAGUGUUUGAGUUGGCGGGGAGAAACAUUCCCUGAUGUUACUGAUACAGCAUCUGUGGCAUUAUACAGAAGGUCUACUACGAAACAUACAAACACCUAGUACAUUAAUAACGUCCCGCAGUAUCUUUUGCCCAUAUCGUGUAUCUACGCGUCGUGUAAAAAAGAGACUGUGUGGACACAAUGAAGUUUUGAUGUUUUAUAUCUCAUGGUAGUGGUAUGUGCCAUGGCAUGGUAUGGUCCAGGACUUUCAGCGAGUAGAUCUACAGGGUAAAUGCAGUCAAAUCUAUUAUGUGCCCGUAAACUGCCGGCUUUGUAUAGGCAUAGGUAUGCGAUCUAGACCAUCUCAAUGCAUUUAGUAUCACCAAUAUUUAUUUUUAUUUUUUCUUAUAAGUAAGUACCUAAAUGUUAAUUCAUUCGUUUGCGAAUAAGCACCAAGUGAGGGUGUAGCAAUUUAAAAUUAAAAUUAAUGUAUAUUUUUUUUAUUACAAAACUAAAACUGUCAGAUUACGUAAGUAUAUAUUUGUAUUGUUACGUAUAUGUUACAAAGAUAUGAAAAAAAUAUAUUUACAUGCGGUACAUAAAAUACAAAUUAGGUAUGUCAGAUCUCGUCAAAUAUAAUUAAGGUCAUAUCUAAAAUAAAAAGGUCUAUUUUAAACAUAUCUACUAGGGCUAUUGAGAUAAUUCACAAAGUUUUGUCAUUUAAAUCUCCCUUCCUCGACAACUGGACAGCAAAAAUCAUUUCUACCAUAUUCUGUUGAGUGAUAGAAGUAACAUUACAACAGUAAAUUAUCAGUUUAUACUUAUGGAAAUAGAAGUAGUUAAUAUUGUAUAAUCUGUAUUAAAUCGCUUAUUUUUCUUAGCGUGUCGACUUUUACUAUUUAUGUAACUCCUUCUAGACUCUGCUUCUCAUUCUGAUUCUCGCAUAUUCCCGAUUGCAGUCGAGGUUGUGACGCUGCGGAGCCUAGAGUCUCAUGUUGAUGUUAGAAUGCUUAAAUUUUGACAAUGCAAUUAACCACCUUACAUAUUUGUUUUACAUUUGCACGAUGAAAGUUGCUGUACCAGAAUGCAAUAGAUGCUUUAUCAGAAGCGGCAUAUUGGUCCUCAUAACAACCGCCAAGUCGACUAUGCCUGAUCUAUAAAGAUCAGCUCAAACACUUCAUUUUCCCUGUAUGAAG